CGGAGGCCUAUAACUGGACGCGCUAGGGUUUCCCUCUUCCUCUCCGCCGCCGACGCAUCCAAACCCAAAUCAAGCCACCGCCGUCUCCUCCAGUCCUCCUCCUCCCCUUGCGGCGCGGCCGGCGAGCACCACCACCAGCAGCGCGCCACGAUGAGGCCGAUCCUGAUGAAGGGCCACGAGCGCCCGCUGACGUUCCUGCGCUACAACCGCGACGGGGACCUGCUCUUCUCCUGCGCCAAGGAUCACACCCCGACGGUCUGGUACGCCGACAACGGUGACCGCCUCGGCACCUACCGGGGCCACAACGGCGCCGUCUGGACCUGCGACGUCUCCCGCGACUCGGCGCGCCUCAUCACCGGAUCCGCCGACCAGACCGCCAAGCUCUGGGAGGUGAGCACGGGGAAGGAGCUCUUCAGCUUCCGCUUCGACGCGCCCGCCAGGUCCGUCGAGUUCGCCAUCGGGGACGCGCUCGCCGUCGUCACCACCGACAACUUCAUGGACCACGUCCCCACCGUCCAGGUCAAGCACAUCGCCGAGGACAUCGACGACCAAACGGAGGAUUCUGCACUCGUCAUCACCGGCAUCAAGGGAAGGAUCAACAGGGCCGUUUGGGGGCCGCUGAACAGGACCAUCAUCACUGCCGGGGAGGAUGCCACCAUUCGCAUCUGGGACUCAGAGACUGGAAAACUGCUGAAAGAGUCUGAUAAAGAAUCUGGACAUCAGAAGACCAUUACAUCGUUGUCAAAAUCCUUAGAUUGGUCACAUUUCGUUACUGGCUCCUUGGAUAAAUCUGCAAAGCUAUGGGAUACAAGGACGCUAACCCUGAUCAAGACGUAUGUCACAGAGAGACCUGUCAAUGCUGUUGACAUCUCUCCGACUCAUGAUACUGUGGUUCUAGGAGGUGGUCAGGAUGCAAUGAAUGUGACCAUGACAGACCGCCGUGCUGGUAAAUUCGAGGCUAAAUUCUAUCACAAGAUUUUGCAAGAGGAAAUUGGUGGUGUUAAAGGACAUUUUGGGCCAAUUAAUGCUUUGGCAUUUAAUCCUGAUGGGCGGAGCUUUUCAAGUGGUGGUGAAGAUGGAUAUGUAAGGCUGCAUCAUUUUGAUUCCGAAUACUUCAGCAUCAAGAUGUAGAUAAGAACACCAGACUAAUCCAAGGCUGUUUGAGGCCCAACUGGUUCAAUUUCUUGAUUCAGAUGCUGCUGGUUGGCCAUAACGCAUGCAGAGCAGGCUCAUAUCCUAGGUAGUGGCAGUCUGGUGCUUGUUAGAUGAAGCUGCUCUGGAGAAGCAGCUUUUUGUUCUGCUUGAGGAAUUUGUACACACUUGGCAAUGAAAAGAUCCUUGAACUUGCUAUCUUGUGUUGUCAUUCUCGCUCCAUGGUUCCAAUUUUGUUUCGAUUUGUAUUCUGUGUUCAUCAAAAUCUUACAAUUCGUUAGUGUACACAUUUCGCAAUCGUGUUUUUU